AUGCGAGAACUACAGCACCUUCAAGAAACCCCAAUGGAACCCACUUCGAAUGAAUUGGGGCCCCUGGUGACUACCAAUGGUAUGUUCAUCAUUGAUGAAAUCCAUGAGCAAGAUGGCAAAGUACACACGGAUAUUCCUGGAGGUGGGGGUAUGUUUGCCAUGCUUGGUGCAUGCAUUGUAACCAGCUCAGCCCAAGUUUCCGAAAAUUUAAAAUGGAUUAUAGAUCGUGGUCAUGAUUUCCCACCAUCUUUAACCUCUGUAAUUGAAUCUUGGGGGACAGGAGUUCAUUUCAGAGAUGAUAAUUCGAGGUAUACCACCAGAGGUGGGAAUUUCUACAGAAAUGAAGACUUGAGAGAGUUUGAAUAUUUGACUCCCAAGAAACAAAUUACGGUACAGGAUUGGAUUGAUAGUUGGGGUCUUGAGGUACUGUCACAGCUGAAAUGUAUCCAUUUACUUUGUUCAGCUGAGAGGUGUCUUCAAAUACUAGAUCAACUCGCAGAGAAGCAACUUGGUCCCAAGACGUUUGUAUGGGAACCAAUUCCUGAUUUAUGUAACCAGGAACAUGCUCCCCAAAUCAUGCGUGUGCUUCAGAGACCAGAAACUGUUAUCUUUUCCCCUAAUGCUGAGGAAGGCGCCAGAUUGUUGGGAGAUGAAGAACCCUUACAGUUGGAUCAAGUUCUAGAGUACAUUUGGAAAUUCGACAACUUGAUAUCACCACAUCAUUCCUGUGUUUUAAGAUGUGGGAAAAUGGGGAGUGUGGCACUAAGCAGUAGGGACAUCCACACUCGAAAGCGUCAAGUAAUCCACUAUCCUGCGUAUCACAGCGCUUCGCCCGAGAAAGUAGUAGACCCUACGGGAGGUGGUAACUCAUACCUUGGUGCAUUUUGUCUUGGUUACUCGCUCACGCAAGAUUUACACGUUGCAAGCAUUUGUGGGAAUUUAGCUGCUGGAUGUGUCAUCGAGCAAGUGGGGAUCCCGCAUUUCGACCAUAGUACAAGACAGUGGAACGGGUUAACCCUUCCACAGAGGAUUCAUCACUAUUUGCAAACUUAUCAUAUUUCUCAGUAUACAUCACUAGAUAUGUACCAACAACUAUCGCCAUGA